AAAAAAUGGAAAUCGACAUUCUAAAUGAAUUGCUAACUGAAUCAGUUGCUAAAUUAUUCAAUCCGAGAGCUGUUUAUAAUUUUAAGAAGCCUUCUCCAGUUUAUGAUAAUUACUAGAAGAAUUCAAAUAACACAUCUUCAACAUCUAUAUCAUCAAUGCAAUCUGAUUAACCAAAAUUUGAAUAAAAUUAAUAGAAAUUAUCAAAUCCACCAACAAUUGAAUAAUGGGUUAGUGUGAUUGGUCCAUAAAAAUUAUAGGAAUCAUUAAAUAAGUAAAAUAAUAAAUACUUUUUAAAGAUUGAAUAUAGAUUUAGCUAAAUUAACAAAAAGAGAUUUAGAAAUGAUGAGUAUGGAUUAACUUUAAAAUGAAAAAAAGAGAGUUAAAAAUGAACUUAAAUUUUAUGAUGCUAAUUUUUAAUCAAUUUUCAAUAGAUUUCCAUUAAGGAAUGAAAAAGAACCAAUGAGACCAUUAUACAUUUAUUAUAAAAAAUUGAAGUAAUAAAUAGAUAAGGUUGCUUUAAAUCCAGGAAUAUAAAUACCAACAUAUAAACAAUAAACAAAUAAUACACAAGGAGAUAUUUAAAAAAGAAUAGAAGAUUUAAAGAAAACAAGAGCAGAAUUAAGAGAAAAAUUAAAUAAUUUUUAGAAUGAAUUUACAUCUACUCAUAAUAGAAGAAUUAGAUUUCAUAAAGAUAUUGCUCCUGUUGAGAAAGAGUAUAAAUUAUAUAAAGAAAUAAAAAAUGAAAUUCAAAAAUUAGAGAAUAUUUUAUAAAAGAAAUGA